AUGGCACGCAGCAUCGAUCUUAAGACAAUUGCAGAUCUCUCUGUGUUUGUUGGAACCGGUAUAUCGUUGUAUUACCUUAUUACAAGGCUUUUGAACGAAGCAGAAGGUGGCCCGCUGUCAGGCAAAUCCAAGGAAUCUCGCCAGAAGCAGUCGCAGACAUGGGACAAACUGGUGGCUGUCAGGCCGAAUCUGAAAACAGUAACUUUAAACUCUUACGAGCGUAGCGUACUGGCUUCGGUAGUGUUACCUCAAGACAUAGAGGUCAAGUUUUCUGAUGUGGGGGGUCUAGAAGACAUAAUAGAGGAACUAACAGAGAGCGUCAUUUACCCACUGACGAUGUCGGAAUUAUACACAUCACAUUCGCUACUUACAGCACCAAGAGGUGUACUACUGCAUGGCCCACCUGGGUGCGGGAAAACCAUGAUCGCCAAGGCUCUCGCCAAAGAGAGCGGGGCGACGUUUAUCUCCAUCCGGAUGUCUUCCAUCAUGGACAAAUGGUACGGUGAGUCCAACAAGAUCGUGGACGCGAUCUUUUCGCUCGCAAAUAAAAUCCAACCAUGCAUCGUUUUCAUAGAUGAGAUUGACUCGUUCUUGCGGGAGCGCGCCUCUUCGGAUCACGAAGUCACCGCAAUGUUGAAAGCAGAGUUUAUGACCCUAUGGGAUGGUCUUACAAGCAACGGCAGAAUCAUGAUACUGGGCGCAACGAACCGCAUGGCAGACAUAGAUUCAGCUUUCUUAAGACGGCUACCUAAGAGGUUUGCCAUACCGAUGCCAGGCCAAGAGGAAAGACGCAAGAUUUUGACAGUUCUUCUGAAAGACACCGCCCUUGAUAAUGAAGACUUUGAUCUUGAUCUACUCGUGAAUGCUACGCGCGGCAUGUCCGGUUCAGACUUGAAGGAGCUCUGCAGAGAUGCCGCAUUGAACGCCGCCCGGGAAUAUAUUCGUCAAAAGCGGCAGUUGGCCUCCACCACGGAAUCAGAUGCUAUAAGCGAAAUGAGACCACUGAAGAACGAAGACUUCUUCAAGAACCUGAAGCUUGAUGCUCGGGUGCCGCUAGGAACUGCUGGUUUGGAUUAG